AUGGAAUCUAAAGGCAGCAUCUUGAAUAUUGUGAUGUUUCCAUGGCUAGCUCAUGGCCAUGUCUCUCCAUUCUUAGAACUAGCGAAAAGACUCGAAAAGAGAAACCUUACUAUCCAUCUAUGUUCUACAGAGGUCAUUCUCAACUCCAUCAAGAAAAAAAUAAGUGAAAACGACUAUCCCUUCCUUCAUUUCAUAGAAAUAAAACUCCCAUUCAAUCCAGAGCUUCCUCCACACCACCACACAACCAGUGGUCUCCCUCCCCACCUCAACUAUACACUCAUGAGAGCUCUUGACAUGGCAAGUCCUUACUUCUCUACCAUUCUCAAACAAGUCAAGCCAGAUCUAGUUAUCUAUGAUAUCCAUCAACCAUGGGCUCCAGAAGUUGCCGCAUCUCUCUCCAUUCCAGCUGUAAUGUUCCACACCACCAGUCUUUCCAUCCUUUAUUAUGGAUUUCACAUGAAUUUGAAACAAGGGGUGGAAUUCCCAUACCCUGAACUGAAUCCUCAAGGAUCCUAUUUUACUAAGAAAGUUCAAAAAAUGUUUGAAACUCUACCAGCAGAAGAUAAUUUUGAAGAAAGGACGCCUAGCCAUUUCUCAUAUUUAAGAUCAUCUGAAAUAGUCUUGACUAAGACUUUCAGGGAGGUGGAGGAAGGUUACGUUGAUUAUACAUCAUCCUUGCUAGGGAAAAAAGUCAUUAUCACAGGUCCGCUCGUUACUAAUCCUGUAGAAGAUGACAUAAUUGUUGAAACUGAUAGUACUGUAAAACUGGUAAUCAAGUGGUUGGAUAUGAAAGAGAAAGCGUCUACAGUUUUGGUGUCUUUCGGAUCUGAAUGCUACUUAUCAAGAGAAGAGAGAGAGGAGAUGGCUUACGGAUUGGAACAAAGCAAUGUAAACUUCAUAUGGGUCAUUCGGUUUCCAAUGAAUGAGAAGAUUAUUAGUAUUGAGGAAUCCAUUCCUGAAGGUUUUCUUAAAAGGGUUGGAGAAAGAGGUUUAGUAAUUGAUAAAUGGGUUCCACAAGUAAAGAUCUUGACCCAUACAAGUAUUGGAGGGUUUAUAAGCCAUUGUGGAUGGGGAUCCUUAACUGAGGCGAUGGGAUUUGGUGUACCUAUUAUUGCGGUUCCUGUUCAGUACGACCAACCGAUCAAUGCCAAGGUGAUCGUGAAAGCUGGGGCCGGGGCGGAGAUCUAUAGAGAUGAGGAAGGAGGAUUGAAUAGGCUAGAGAUAGCUCGAGUGAUCAAAGAAGUUGUAUUAGAGGAUGCAGGGAAGGAGAUAAGGAAGAAAGCUAGAGAAAUGAAAGAGAAAUUAGUAAUUGAAGGAGAUGAUCAAGAGAUAGAUGUAGUUGUGAAAGAAUUGGUUCGCAUUUGCAGUAAACACAACUCAUCUUGA